GCGGCUUGGUACAGUGCGGAUAUGCGCGUGGCGCCUCCUGUCGCGUAGGCUCGUGCGCCAUCGAAAGCGAAUGCGUUGGUCAGAGGCGACCUACACUACGAACCUGGAGUUCACUUUGCAUUUGACCUUUUCGAGAUGAAGUCCCUCGAGCUUGAUAUUACCGAGCGCUCGGCUCUUCUCGCGCGCGCGACGAGCGGCAUCGACGAGCUAAUUACGUGGGCGCAGGAGCCGUCGCGCAGCAAAAUGUACCCCAAGUCGGCGACAUGGACACACGAAGCAUGUCGGUGCGAGCUCGACAUGCACGACGUCGGCUCGCUCGACGACCUCGUGACGCUCUACCGCAGCGCCGACGACGCCGCCGCGGUCGCCGGCCACGUGCACGCGGACAAGGUCCAGACGUUCUCGAGCUUCAAGGCCGGCGGACUGCACGUCGCGCUGCAGUGGGGCAUCUUCCAGGCGCCGUUCCCAAUCAUGCACGACCGCGACGCCACGUUCCUCGAGUGCUCCAAGAAGUUUACCGAUCCGAGUGGCCGGCGCGGCUUUGCGCGCUUCAUCACGUCGUGCGAGAUGGGCUCGAUGGGCGAAGGCUACGUGCGCGUCGACCUCCGGGCGUGGGGCGUCGUUCUUCUCGAGACGGCCGACCCCAACAUUCUGCACGCCAGCACGCUCGUCGACGUCGACUGGAAAGGCCACGUCACGACGUGUACGGCCACGCGCAUGACGUCGCGCCUCGCACAAAGCAUCAAGCAUCUUCCGUCGAUCCUCCGCGCGUCCAAGAAAGAUGCGCAGCACCGGUGUUCCAUGUGCCGAAGCAAGCCGCGGAUGUGCGACGCCCACUCCAAGCUCACGCCGUGCGAAAGCUGCGCCAAGCCGCUGUGCGACAACUGCCGCGGCAUUAGCCAACGCCUCAGCGGCGCCACCGCGUGCCUCGUCUGCGUGUGCAAGGCCAGAGAUGAGGCCAUGACGCGGUCCACAGCCAUCUCGGAUGCGUCGACAGUCGAGUCGGAGCUGCGGUCGCCGACGGCGUGGGAGUGGUCAACCGAACCUGGCCCUGUCGACUUGGGCUACUUGUCCGAGUACCGAUCGCGCCCGAUCGCGCUGCGCACCAAGAAAUAGCCGAUAGUAAACUCAUAUUAUAAUAGGAAUCACAUAGUUGUAGUAUAUACGCCAGUGACUCCGGC